AUGAAAGAUCGUUUGUAUGAUAUCUCUGAUAGCAGUCUAACUACAUACUUGGCAAUUCCUAAUGACUCAUCACUCAAGCGUGCUACCUCAUUGCCACUUAGUGCUGCAAGUUUUCCCUGCUCUGUUUCCAGCCUCGGGCUUUAUCCUUGCUAUUUAAGAACCUACUGGCCCAAAUUUACAUUCAAACCAGAAUGUUCACACCAAGUUCAAAUGAGACACUGCUUUCAACGUGCAGCAUUAAGAACUGUUGGUCCACGUAUGUAG